UGAGCCUGAACAGCUGGCACGCACACCCGCACUCACACACACACUCACACACCCACACCCACACCCACUCCCUCCUCCAGCCCCACCGCCCCCGCCAUGGCCGCGUCCACCCUGUCCGUCUGCUCCAGCGACCUGAGCUACGGCAGCCGCGUCUGCCUGCCCGGGGCCUCCGACUCCUGCCCCGACCCCUCCUGGCAGGUGGACGACUGCCCAGAGAGCUGCUGCGAGCCCCCGUGCUGCGCCCCCGCCCCCUGCCUGACCCUCCUGUGCGGCCCCUCCUCCCCCUGCCAGGGAGACUGCUGCACCCCUGCGUGCUGCAAGCCCGUCUGCUGCACCCCUGCGUGCUGCAAGCCCGUCUGCUGCACCCCUGCGUGCUGCAAGCCCGUCUGCUGCACCCCUGUGUGCUGCAAGCCCGUCUGCUGCACCCCUGUGUGCUGCAAGCCCGUGUGCUGCACCCCUGUGUGCUGCGAGGACUCCCCCUGCACAACCUCUUCAUGCUGCCAGCCGUCCUGUUGCACCUCCUCCCCCUGCCAGGGAGACUGCUGCACCCCUGCAUGCUGCAAGCCCGUCUGCUGCACCCCUGCGUGCUGCAAGCCCGUCUGCUGCACCCCUGCGUGCUGCAAGCCCGUCUGCUGCACCCCUGUGUGCUGCAAGCCCGUCUGCUGCACCCCUGUCUGCUGCAAGCCCGUGUGCUGCACCCCUGUGUGCUGCGAGGACUCCCCCUGCUCAGCCCCCUCCUGCUGCCAGCCCAGCCCCUGCUGCAGACCCUCCUCCUGCGUGUCCCUGCUCUGCCGCCCCGUGUGCAGGCCCGCCUGCUGCACCCCUGUCUGCUGCCAGGACUCCCCCUGCACAACCUCUUCAUGUUGCCAGCCGUCCUGCUGCACCUCCUCCCCCUGCCAGGAAGACUGCUGCACCCCUGCGUGCUGCAAGCCCGUGUGCUGCACCCCUGUCUGCUGCAAGCCCGUCUGCUGCACCCCUGUCUGCUGCAAGCCCGUGUGCUGCACCCCUGUCUGCUGCAAGCCCGUCUGCUGCACCCCUGUGUGCUGCGAGGACUCCCCCUGCUCAGCCCCCUCCUGCUGCCAGCCCAGCCCCUGCUGCAGACCCUCCUCCUGCGUGUCCCUGCUCUGCCGCCCCGUGUGCCCCCGCCCCGCCUGCUGCGCCCCUGCCUCCUCCUGCUGCCGCCCGGCCUCCAGCGUGUCCCUGCUCUGCCGCCCCGUGUGCCCCCGCCCUGCCUGCUGAGGCCACCAUUCUGAUGGGCACGUCCCCCCAGGGCCAGUUGAGCACUCUGGGGACCCCCGGCUCUUCCCUGCCUCCUUCACGAUCUAACCCAGCGCAAUCUUGGGCACACAGGUCAGCGUGAAUGUUCACCAUCUUGGGACCCUAAUAACCAGGGCCGAGCCGGUUCGCAGCCUCACAUCACAACCAGAUGAACCAGAGCCAGCCCUCCCGUUACUGAAAGGCCCCCAGGCUGUUUCUGACAGCCACGGCCCCCAGCUCUGUAGUCUUACUGGGGCUCCUGGCCCUAGAAGCUGUCUGCCUCCUCCCAAGCACACACCUGGAGCUAAGCGAAUAAACCUGCAGUCCUGGCCUCCACUGGCCCUCUCUCCCAGCCUCCGGGCUAACAGAACCCUGGCUUUAGCAAUCUGCUGACGAGCCACAUCUUGGGAACACUUCCAAUGGCAGUGAGUUCUGAGGCCCACCCUGGCGGUCACCAACUGCACCUCCAGGCGGCUCCGGGUGGCUGGACGGAAUGUUCGGGCCUCAGGUGGCCACAGCCACCCGGACAGCGGGCCCCUUGGCAAGAAGGCCCCAUUGCCCCAGGCCUCUCUCUCCCCGGUCAGUCCAGCACCAGGAUGCAGGGCCCAAGGUAGUUUCUGGGCCGGAAGGCAGGCGGGGCCGGGCCUUCCAGGGAGACAGCUAAAGGGGGCAUUGCCUUCUGAGUCUCUCUCUCUCUAUCUGCCCUUGAACUUCAGUGUUUUAUUCAAACGUCCCCCCGCCUCUGACUGCACAUGCCAAUAUGCCAUGCCGUCCCUGGCCGCAGACCCCGCCCGGUGUGACAGAGGUCAAGAGGAAGACCCCAGAGGCUAAGCCACUUUGAGUUCCAACACCCUGGCGUCUGAGGCCCAGGGGUGCUGCCUUCCAGGGCACUUCCCUCGAGGCUGUCUGGACGGGGCCCCCACGUUUCCCAGGGCUCCCCAUAGCAGGCCUCAGUCCCAGACAGGGUCACUUCCUCACGGUCCGUGAGUUCGAGCCCCGCGUUGGGCUCUGUGCUGACAGCUAGGAGCCUGGAGCCUGCUUCGGAUUCUGUGUCUCCCUCUCUCUCUGCCCCUCCCCUGCUCGUGCUGUCUGUCUGUCUGUCUCUCUCUC